UGUAUUUGACAUAAACUUGAAUAAUGUCGUUUCGAGGGAAUAGGGGUCGUGGUGGGGGUGGUUUCCGUGGUGGAGGGGGUUUUAGGGGGCGUGGAGGGGGUGGCGGCCGGGGUGGGCGUGGCAGGGGUGGGUACGGGGGUGGUAACCGAUAUAAUGAUGAACCUCCUGAUUAUGUUGUGGAGAUUGGAAAGGUGAUGCAUCCUUGUCAGGAAGAUUUGGUUUGUAAGUGCACGAAUGAAAAGAUUCCAUAUUUCAAUGCUCCAAUUUACUUGGAAAACAAAUCAAAGAUUGGAAAAGUUGAUGAAAUUUUUGGACAAAUCCGUGACUUUUGUUUCUCAAUAAAGAUGAGUGACAACAUGCUCGCUUCGUCUUUCUCUUCAGACACAAAAUUUUUUAUUGACCCUGCCAAGCUUUUACCCCUGCAAAGAUUCUUACCCCAACCCCCAGGGUCUAUACAGAAGAGAGGGGGUCGCGGGGGUGGCAGAGGUGGCAGAGGGGGUCGCGGAGGUGGUCGUGGAGGUGGCAGGGGUGGGUUUAGAGGUCGGGGUGGUGGUGGGUUUAGGGGAAGCUCUCGGGGUGGAGGAGGACGAGGAAGAGGUGGAAGAGGCAGAGGAUGGUGAUUUUUGUCUUUUCAUUCUUUCAUGCUUCUUUAAACUCUUGUGCUUGGAUUUUAAUGUGUGUUGCGCAUAUUAGACAAAAAUGUGUUGCAUAUUUUUUAAAGUGUAUGUCUCAUACUAAACUAAAGUGUGUGUCACAUAUUCGACAAGAUGGAUAACUUUGUCUUUGUUGCUUGUUUGGAAACUUCAAGCUAACCUAAAAUGAAUUUUGCAAUAGAAAAUUUAAUCACUCUAAGAUUAAAUUGCUUUUACUGCCAUAAAUAUUUGAAAUAAUGAAUCUCCUUGUUUAGUUCGUGCAUAACAUAAUUAAGUGCCAAUAUUGCGGAUUAUUGAACUACCAUGCAAAAUACAAAUCUUUACAUACCAAGAA